AUGAGGACCUCGCCGGCCCGUGUCCGUCGCCCCCUCACGAUCACCCUGGACCCUCGCCGCACCACCCAGACACGUUGGGGACCCAGGAUCACGGUGUCCGUCCCCAUGGGCGAUCGCCGUCCAGGCACACGAUGGGGACCUCCACGCACUGCAGGGGCCUCUGGCCAACUUCCUGCCAGUGCCUCCGGGGCCACCGGCCAACUUCCGGAGCCGAUGGAGGUCACCGACACAGUGGACGAGCAACCCCAGCCGUGGACACUGCGCUUCGACGGCGCGUGCCGUCGGAACCCAGGGCCCGGAGGAGCAGGAGCGGCUCUCUUCGACCCGAGUGGAGCCGUGGUGUGGACGUGCUCUCACCACCUCCCGAGCAGCAGCGAAACAAAUAAUACCGCCGAGUACACGGCGUUGCUACUCGGGGUGCAGAGCGCGCUGCACCACGGCGCCACCCGCCUGUGGAUCGAAGGUGACAGCAAUCUGGUGAUUGCACAGGUGCGGGGCACUUUUGGAUGCACCAACCGCAGGUUGCGCCGCCUCCGGAACAGUGUGCGCCACGGCCUCCAGGCGCUCGAACACUACAAACUCCAUCACAUCGACCGCCAGGCCAACGCCCACGCCGACCGCCUGGCCAACCGAGCGUUGGACCAACGUCGUACGAGGGUGGAGUGCGGACUCCACGACCAAGGGCUGACGGCAUGCUUCCGCCCCGACACCGCGCUGACAGCCAGUGCAGCGACACCAGCACCCCGCUAUACGGCUGGCGACAAUUCCACCGACGAGGGCGACCCCCAUCAGAGCGAGGACGCGGACGUCGCAGCCGAGAUUGCUGCACGUGACGGCGGAGAGGCGUUUCCUGUCAUCCCCAUCGGGCCUAACUCCGCCCCAGCGCGACAACCUCGGCUACGCCUCCGACAGCUGAGCGAUGAGGACCAUGACGCCGCUGCCACAGCUCUGCAGACACUCGUCGACACUAUGGCGAGCCGCAUCGCGGACGCCACGGACUGGGCGGCGGGGGAAGGCUACAUCGGCGCCAUCCCCGCCCGCAUCCGCGAGGCCCUCCAGCCGUUCGCCCCCGCUCCACGGCCCUACCCCAGCACACCUCCGACCUCCUCGCCCCAGCAACGACGCCGACCACCCCGCGUGACGCGCGACCAGCGCGAACACCGCCUGGACGAAGCGCUGGACGACAUGGAGGCCACUCAGCGGCAGACGCCAAGGAAUCAGCGGUCCAUCCGCAAGGCGAAGCGCCGUGUGGGUCGCGUGCGAGCGUCCAUAGCGCGCCUGGAGCUGCGGCGGGCCUUCGCGCGCGACGAGAGCAAGUGUGUCGCGGGCAUCCUACUGCGGGCAUCGGCGGAAGCGGCG